AUGGAUAUUUGUCCAAGAAACGAGAAUGGCCGUGGAUUGACGGACAAACCGGAUUGUCGACCCAUCCCUAGCAAUCCGGAAAACGACUAUUUCGGUGUCCUCAGUAUUACGGAAAAGAUGGAUUGGUGCGAUGCGGAGAAGUCGACUCACAAAGACCCGUGGUCACUCAACCCACCGUGCAAUCCGAUUCCGCAGUGUCGAGGAAAUGUCGACGGACGUGCACCGGAUGCGAGGGAUUGGCGCAAGAAUCUGCUGUACUACCAGAAAAAUGUCGAAGGUGUCCCAUGCGUCGUCUACAAGCAGUGCAGUGCUUUAACGGAAGAGGAGAGGCUGAAGUACCAUUGCGUCGGCUCGGCCAUAACAACGAGCACGACAAAAGCCUCGACGACGACAACUGCAAAGACGACUGCAAAGACAACGACCGAGAAACCGAAUGACGGGCUGGGGGAUGAGGUCAUCUUGAUUGCAGCCUUGGGUUCAACUCUGCUGGUGUUCAUCAUCCUGACCGUCAUCGUGUUGUGCUGCUGUCUGAAGAAGAAGGACAAGGGCCCGAAGGGAAAGAAGCCGAUUGUCGAUGACAUGAUGAACGUCGGCGCCGGCAACAUCAGCGUCGACAUGGACGUCGUGCCGGUCACCAACACGGAGGCCGCAUCUGAUACGACCGAAACCACCAAGUGUAAG